AACGGUUGUUUGAAAUCACAUUCACUUUGAACCCGCUAUCUGUGGAUGAGACAUGCUUCAAGCAUCUGAUGUUCAUUCUCUUGCUUUGUCCAAAAUAAUUAAACCGGACAAAAAACCGGUGACACCAUUAGAAGAAGAAAUAGCGCAGGUGGGUUUUUGAACGGUUUUUUUGAUAAUUCGUCAGGCUAUCAUAGAUCUGCAAAUACACGAUGAUUGGUCCGACACAAUGAAGCUAUUGUACUUUUGUGAAGCAAAGGAAAUGACGAUUGGCAAGGAGAAGGCAGUUGUGAUAUAUGUUCCCGUGCCUCAACUACGUACGUAUCAAGUGAUACAUAACCGGUUGGUCGGUGAGCUAGAAAAGAAACUUCGGGGUCCUCAUGUUGUCCUCCUGGCUUUCCGGAGAAUACUGGCUAAACCAAAGAGAAAUUGCAAAUUUAACCCUAAGCAAAAGCGUCCGAGAAGUAGAACUUUAACAGCCGUGCAUGAAGCUAUUCUCAAAGACCUUGUAUAUCCAGCCGAAAUAGUGGGGAAGCGAAUUCAAGUUCGAUGUGAUGGCAGCACACUGAUCAAAUGCCAUCUAGAUGUCGCCCAAAGGAAUUACAUUGAGCACAAGUUGAAAACCAUCACUGGAUUAUACAAAAAGCUGACAGGCAAGGAUGUCCAGAUAGAAUUCCCAGACUGGGUUCUGUGAAUAAAUGUAAUAUAUGCUUGAGGAUGGA